CUUUAUUGGACGAGCCCUAAGUUUAUGGACGAGCGAGCUUGCGAGCGAGUCUCAUAAAUAGGACAAGUCCAAAAAGCCUAAUUAUGUACGAAUUGCAUACAAAGCUUUAUGUUCGACUGCCGAAAUUGGUUUAUUAAUGAAUUUAAUAAACUUCAAUAAAUUAAUAAAUUUUAAUGAAACGCACCAAGUGUGCUUUUUCGGUUGUUUGGUUACGGAAUUGUUUAUUAUUUUUGUGAUGUGAAAAUUGUGUUUGAAAGCAAAAUGCAAACGUGCAGUUCAAAUAAAGAAGAAACUUGCAGCGAAAUAUCAAAUAUUGCUGCUGAUGCGAAAGAUUCUCUGUUACCAUCAAAAUCCAAGCAUUUGUACGAAGAAACAUAUAAUGCGUAUCGGAAAUGGCGUUCUAAUAAGAAAAUUGAUACAACUUGCGAAGAUACCAUUCUAGCGUACUUCAGCAGCGAGCUGUCCCGGUAUAAAAGUUCAUCAUUAUGGAGCAAAUAUUCUAUGCUAAGAUCAACCAUCAAUCUACGAGAGGGAAUUGACAUUAGUAAAUUUCCAAGCGUCAUACCUUAUUUGAAACGAAAAGGUGAAGGACACAAACCAAAAAAAUCUCUUAUAUUGAGUAAAGACCAUAUAGACGAAUUUUUGAGAAAAGCUGACACCAAGGAACAUUUAUUUAAUAAGGUUGUUCUCAUAUUUGGAGUAGCCGGUGCAUGUAGACGUCAAGAGCUAGUGACAUUAACGACAACAUGUGUUCAAGACUGCAAAACCCAUUUUUUAAUUAAGCUGGAAGACACCAAAACCAAAGUGGAUCGAUGUUUUAUAAUAACAGCAGGUAAACUCGAAAAUGUUAAUCUACUUGAACUUGUCAGAAGAUAUAUGGAAAUUCGACCCACCAAGACACCGCACAACAGAUUUUUUAUCAACUACACCAAGGAAAAAUGUACCAUUCAACCAGUUGGAAUCCACAAAAUUGGGGGUGUGCCUGCUAUAGUGGCCAAGUAUUUGGGUCUUGAAAAUGCUUCUUCAUAUACAGGUCACUGCUUCAGACGUAGCUCAGCUUCUCUUCUGGCAAAUGCAGGGGCCACUAUGGAAAGGAUAAAAAGACACGGAGGUUGGCGUUCAACUACAGUGGCAGAAGGUUAUAUCGAAGAAUGUGAAAAUACUAAAAUUAAGGUUGCAAACUUGAUCUUGGGUGAAGAACCAUUGGCCUGCAAUAGCAUCUCUUCGGAAAAUCACGAAAAAUUUACAAGUUUGCGUGGAACCGAGAGUGAAGCAAAAAAACAACGAAGUUGUAGGAAUGAAUAUUUGUGGCAACAAUAAUAGUGUUAUAAAUGUAAAUCAUUAUUACAACAAGCAAUAGUAUGUUUAUAUGGUUACAAUGUUACAAAGUUGAUAUGUAUGUAUUAUUAUAACUUCAAAUAAAUUUUGACAUUUCUGAAAAUAAA